CUUUUUGAAAUUCUGAAGAAAUUUUUUGUUUUCUUCAUAAACUUGGUUAUUUCUCGAGAAUUAUGAGAGAUCAAGACCAUAUAACUACCCCUGACAUUAGACCUACAGAAGAAGAACAUAUAUAUACUAAUAUUAUGAUCUAAAAUCCCAGGAGAAUGUAUAGCAUGCCUGUCUCAGGGGGCAUAAGCAAUGGUUACCAUGGCUUUGGGGGAACAACAAAUGAACAUCAAAAACCAGAACAGGGAUUUGCUUUCAAACGCAGGUUUGAAAGAGUUGACUGGAGAAAAAUAGCUUCAAUUGAUGUUGACAGAAUCUCAAGGAAUUUGGACUUCCAUGUAUUACAGGAGAAUAUUCUCAAUAUCACAUUCUGUAACAUAGAAGCUGAACUGGACAUGGGCUCAGUGGAUCCAAACUUUGUGAAGCUGUUCAAGCUUGCUCAGUUAACCAUAGAAUAUUUACUGCAUUCACAAGAGUUCCUUUCGACAAACACUGCUCAGGUAGAAGAUAAGCUCAAACAGUCCCAACAUGAGAAUGAGGAGACAAUUAAUCAAUUAGAGAAAGUGAAACAAGAUCUUGCUGAUAUGAAGAAAGAAAAUCAUAAGCGCAAGAAGAUGUUAUCAGCUCAGCAACAAAUGAUGCAAUCUGGGGUUAACUCAUACCAUAAGUGUGCAUUUUGUGCCAAAGCCUUCAUCAAUCCGUCCUUCCUUACCGCUCAUGUAACUAGGCGACACAAUGCAUCCAUGGCAACCUCACCUGGCAACAUGCAACUGGAUUCAACCAAUCAGCAAUCAGGGAUGCCAGAUUCAACCAAUCAGCAGUCAGCAAUGUUGAAUACUGGGGUGAGGAAUACACUGCAGGAGAUACAGGACCAGCUGAAACAAACACAGGCCCAGUUAGAGCAGGAGAAAAAUACAAUUAAUGCUUUGAAAAAUAAGGAAGGGGAGAAAGACAAUAAUAGAGAUUCAGAAAUCAGAAAUGAAAUGGAAAAAUGGAGGAUAAAACAAACUGAACAACAUAAGUUGGAGAUGGAUUCUAUAAGAGAUAUGUUUAUGAAAGAGUUGAAGGAAGUGAAUGAAAAGUACUCAGCUUCAGAGAGAGCAGUUUAUCAACAUCAUAAGAAAUACGGGAAACCAUCCAAUCUAGGUGAGCUAAAAGAUGAUAUAGAACUGGAUAAAGACCUAAUUUUACAACAGCGUGAGGAGGUUGCUAAAUUAAAGGAACAGCUGUCAGAUCAGUUGAAUAAUGUCGAGGAUGCAAUGUACCAAAAGUUUGAAGAUGAGAGGAAAGCAUUGGCUAAAAAACAAAAAGAACAGGACAAAAAACAUAAACAGGAACUUGCCGAGUUAAAGGGAGCCCUACUAGAUGCUCAGAGUGCCCUUGAAGAACAGAAGGACUCCAACAAGGGGGAAUAUGACAAAAGAGUCAGCAAAGUCCUUUAGGCUACAGAAGCUAAACAGAGAGAACUUGACAAAGCUGUGGCAAA